UUAAAAAAACGAAAAAUAAGACAAACAAUGGAAAAUAACAACGAAAUCCUCAAAGGAUACAACGUCAAUGAAUCUCCCAUGUUGGAAUUUUAUCGCGGGAAAACAAUUUUUAUCACAGGCGGAACAGGUUUCCUCGGAAAAUUAUUUCUCGAAAAGCUGUUAAGAAUAAACGUCAGUCGAAUUUUCGUGUUGUCACGCCCCAAAAAAGGUUUAUCGAACGAGGAACGUUUAGAUGCGAUUUUCACAGGUCCCCUUUUCGAGCAACUCCAAAAAACGCAACCGAAUUUCAAGAGUCGCGUCACGAUCAUCGAUGGCGAUUUGCAGAAAAUUGAGCUCGGAAUGUCGCCAGCUGACAAGCAACUCGUCAUGGAAGCCACAGAAGUUGUCAUUCACGCAGCUGCCGAUGUGCGUUUCGAUCAAGUGAUAAAAACCGCAGUUGAGACAAAUGUUCGGGGCACACGUGAAUUGUGUCGUUUGGCAGAGAAAAUCCGAAAUCUCGUGUCUUUGGUUUACGUAUCGACGGCAUAUUCGCAUUGCCCGAUGACAGAUAUUCAGGAAAAAUUCUUCGAUCCGCCCACAGAUUCGGAUAAAAUGAUCGGAUUGGUUGAAAAUUUGGACAAAGAUGCGGAAAAAAUGUUCGAUAAAGUCACAAAUGAGCUAAUUCAGCCGUGGCCCAACACCUAUGUUUACACAAAAGCCUUGUCGGAAGACAUUAUUCGCAAAUUUAGUGAUCGAUUGCCUCUUGCAGUUGUUAGACCAUCAAUUAUAAUUGCAACACAAAAAGAUCCCUUACCUGGAUGGACUGACAAUAUUUACGGGUUAAAUGGCGUAAUUGUGGGCGUAUCUGCAGGACUUAUCAGAAUAAUGUACUUGAAAUCGUCGAAUGUGGCAGAUAUCAUUCCAGCUGACAUCGUUAUCAACACAGUUUUGGCUGCGGGGCGUCAAGCGUACGUCGAUCGGUAUGACGGACAAGGAAAAGUUAAGGGAAAAGCGAAAGUUUACAAUUGCACGAGCGGCAAUGUUAAUCCUAUCAACUAUGAAAACAUCUACAAAUUCGCAAUCCACUCUGGCAUCCCAUUCCCUCCAAUGAAAUGCUUGUGGCACGUUUCCUUCAACACAACGGAGAACAAAUUAGUGCAUUGGUAUUGCAAGUUGAUGUAUCACUUCCUUCCCGCAUUUUUCAUCGAUAUUUGGCUGCGUGUCAUCGGUCGAACGCCUCGUUUGCUCAAUUUGUACAAAAAAGUGCACAAAUUCUCCACGGUACUCGAGUACUUUUCGAUGAACACCUGGAAAUUCGAGGGCACCAACAUGCGGGAACUCUGUACGAGUCUCACGCCAUUGGACCAAGAACUCUUCAAUUGUGACGUCGCGAAGAUGCAAUGGACCGAAUAUUUUGACACGUACAUGAAGGGAUUGCGCUUGUACAUCAACAAAGACCCCGAGGAGACGAUACCGAAGGCGAAGAAGCGUUACGCCAAGCUUAGAUAUGCCCACAAAUUCGUCGUUUUUAUGUAUUAUGCGUUCUUGUCGCUCUUCUUCUACGGCAUUCUGAAGUUUACGGGCGUCAUUUCGAUGUUUGACGAGCAUUUGCCGGCUCUGCUGAAAUGAAUUUCGGCCUAAAAUGAAGAAAAAAAAGUAUUAUUGUGUGAAUGCAGCGAGAAUGUCACUUUAGAAAUAUAUUUGUACGAUUAAUUAUGGGAAAUUAGAACUUUAGUGUUUUAUUUCGAACAAAAAUGUGACGUAAUUUAAUGAAAAA